AUGCAGUAUUCCUAUGCUUGUGGUUGUAGCUACGGUAAAGCGAGUGGAAUCUCCGCACGUUGUGGACGCACGUCCGGCACCCAUGAUGCUACCCUGCAACGAAGCAAACAGUACGUGACACACGUGGCCCAACAUUGCCACGUUCUUGCCUUGAGAACAAGCGCAUUUGCGCCAUCGUUGCGCCAUCGUUGCGCCAUCAUUGCGCCUCCUUGUUUCCAUUGCGAGCCUCGACGUGGUCGUCUUGCGAAGAGCGCAUCGUGUCACCUGUGA